AUGAUCAACAUCACAAAAAUGUACAUUUUCAUUGUGAUUGAUAUCUUAUUUGUCCUUUACAGAUGUGGUACAGACAAUUAUUUUAAAUAUGAAGAGAAUUUGUGCAAAUGUAAUGAAUGUGGAAAAGUGUGCAAUGAGUUUCAGUCAUUUCAGAAGCAUGAAUUGAGGAAGGCUGAAGAGAAACCCUAUCAAUAUGGGCAGUGUGGGGAGGCCAAAUCUGAUUUUAGUGAAUGGACUCAUCUUGUGCAGAAAAUCUUUGUAGGUAAGAAAAUUGCAAAAGCCUCCACAGCACCCAGGGGUAUUCAGAUCCAUAAAAGAAAUUACAGUUUGGGGACUCCAUAUGUAUACAGACACUGUGAGGAUAGUUUUAUUUCUUCAUACCUGAUCCAAAACUUUGAAAGAAGAGAUUGUGAGGAGAAGCCCUAUAUAACUAGAAAAUGUGUAAAAGCAUUAACUGUCAAUAAUUCCUUUCCAAAAUGUGAAAAAAAUCACAUUGUGGAUAUAUGCUAUGUAUAUAAGCAAUGCAGAACACAAUUUUGUGAUAAGUCCUCAUUUCUUAGACAUAGAAUAUCCCACACAAGGGAGAAAAAGUUUGUAUGUAAGCAUUGCGGCAAAACGUUCAGCAGGUCCAGUGUCUGUCAUAGUCAUGAAAGAGCUCACACUGGGGAAAAACCCUACAUAUGUAAGCAAUGUGGGAAAGGGUUCAGUACACACAGUUUAUGUCAAAGACAUGAAAGUAUUCAUACUGAGGAUAAACCCUAUGUAUGUAAGCAAUGUGGGAAAGCAUUCAGUACACAGAGAUACUGUCAAAAUCAUGAGAGAAUUCACAUCGUUGACAAACCAUAUAUAUGUGAGCAAUGUGGAAAAGGAUUUGUUAGUAAGUCCAUAUUUUAUAGACAUAAAAGAUCCCACAGCGGGGUUAAACCUUAUGAAUGCAAGAAAUGUGGGAAAUUGUUCAGUACAGUGGCAUCUUACAAGCGACAUGAUAGAACUCACACGGGGGAGAAGCCCUAUGUUUGCAAGCAGUGUGGGAAAUCUUUUAGCCAGAAUAGUAACCUUUUAGUACAUGAAAGCAUUCACACUUCGGACAAACCCUAUGAAUGCAAGCAGUGUGGCAAAGCAUUUAGUACACAGAAAUACUGUCAAAAUCAUGAAAGAAUUCACAUCCCUGAGAAACCAUAUAUAUGUGAACAGUGUGGAAAAGGAUUUGUUAAUAAGUCUAUGUUUUGUAGACAUAAAAGAUUCCACAGUGGGGUUAAACCUUAUGAAUGCAAGAAAUGUGGGAAAACAUUCAGUACAGUGACAUCUUCUAAGCGACACGAUAGAACUCACACGGGGGAGAAGCCCUAUGUUUGUAAGCAGUGUGGGAAAUCUUUCAAUCAAAAUAGUAACCUUCUAGUACAUGAAAGAAUUCAUACUGGAGAGAAACCCUAUUUAUGUAAGCAAUGUGGGAAAUCUUUCAGCAGAAAUGGACACCUUCUAGUGCAUGAAAGAAUUCACACUGGGGAGAAACCCUAUGUUUGUAAGCAAUGUGGGAAAUCUUUCAGCAGAAAUAGUAGCUUGCAAAUACAUCACAGAGUUCAUACUGGCAAGAAACCCUAUGUGUGUAAGCAAUGUGGGAAAGCAUUCAGUGCACACAGAUACUGUCAGAGUCAUGAAAGAAUUCACAUUGAGGGGAAACCAUAUAUAUGUGAGCAAUGUGGCAAAGGAUUUGUUAAUAAGUUCGUAUUUUGUAAACAUAAAAGAUCCCACAGUGUGGAGAAACUAUGUACAUAAGCAUACAGGGGAAAAAGCCUAAGUAUGUAAAUUUUGUGGAAAUGCCUUCAGUACAAAAAAAGUGUUGUGAAGUACCAGGAACUCAACAUAUGUAAGCAAUGUAUGAAACGUUUCUGCAUAAACAGUGACCUUGUGCAUGAAAGAAUUGAUACUGAGGAAAAAUCCCAUGUAUGGAAGUAAUGUGACAAAUCUUUCAGCCAAAAUGGUAGUUUGCAAAUACAUCACAGAAUUCACAAUAGGGAGAAACCCUAUAUAUUUAAGGACUGGGAAAGCAUUUAGUUGACACAGUCAUUGUCAAAGACAUGAGAAAACUGUCAAGGGGGAAAAAAUCCUGUGCAUGUAAGCAAUGUGAGAAAUCUUUCUACCAAUAGUGUCAAAAACAUAAGAGAAUUUACAAUGGAAUGUAUCCAAUACAUCUGAACUAUGGGGGAAAGCAUACAGUGCACACAACAAUUCUAUCACAUACUGGGAAUACAAGGGAGAAACCCUAUGUAUGUAGACAGUGUACAACACAUCUAUUGCAAGGUUUCCACGUUAAAGUACAAAGUUCCCCUCAUUGGGGAAUAAUUGCUUAUAAGAAAUAUGGAGGAGGGAAUUCAGGUGACAAAGAUGCUAACCUUCAGAAAGAUGUCAUAUUAGCUCUUGUGGCCUGAGUUCAAUCCUUGGUUCUGCCAAAAAAAAAAAAAAAAAAAGAAAAGGAAGAUGUCAUAUUGUGGCCAAGGCCUAUAUAUACAGAAUGGAAAAGCAUUCACUACACAUGGGUAUUGUCAAAUGUGUGAAAUAACAAUGAAGUGAAAUUUCACAUGUAUAAAGCUAUUUUGAAAAUCACUCAUGUAGAGAUGAGUAGAAAUAAUUUAAAAAUAUUUAUGUCAAAAUUUGUUCAUUGAUUUUCCGGAAAACACUCUCCCAGAUGGAGAUAUCCCAAAGUGUAUUCAUUGCAUCAUGUUUUUCAAUAAAUGUCUGAUCUAUUUGUCCAUUGUCAUAUAGUUUAAAAAAAAAA